AUGGCAGCUGUCUUCGAUCAGCAGUCUGCAGGCGAGGAGCUGGCCAGAGCCUUGCCUACCCUGUAUGGUUCCGGCACUUGCAAAUGGUUCAAUACCCGCCUGGGUUUUGGAUUCCUCACCGUGACCACCGUGGGCGGCAAGACCCUGGACUCACCCAUCGAAGUCUUUGUGCACCAGAGUAAGAGCCACACGAAGGGUUUCCGCAGCCCGGAGGACGGUGAAGAUGUGCAGUUCACCCUCCUGGAGUCACCCAAGGGCUUAGAGCGUAUUUGGGUGACUGGCCCAGGGGGCGCUUACUGCAUCGGGAAGAAGAAACCCCAGAGAAAAGACAAGUGCUACAACUGCGGUGAGCGCGGUCGCCACGCCAAAGAAUGCAAGCUCCCUCCACAGCCCAAAAGAUGCCAUUUCUGCCGGAGCACCAGUCAUAUGGUCACCAGCUGCCCGAAAAAAGCUCAGCAGUACAGCGAACUGCCACCGAGAGUCUGA